AUGUCAAAGUUCAGUAACUUCAAGUCCUACGAUGGCUCUAAAGUCCGGAAACGAGGGUACCGUAAAAAUGAAGUCUGGGAUGAACAUAGGGACUUCAUUCUUGAUCUCGUGGGGCGCGGUGAGAAGCAAAGAAAUAUCCUCGAGGCAUUGAAGAAUGAGAGAGGUUUUAAUACCAAUCUCAAUCAGUUGAAAAGCAAACUGGGGAUCUGGGGAGUAUCGAGUAAGAACCUGGCAAAGAAGCAGCGGAAAUGGAUCUACUUGAUGAAAGAGCGCCGGCAAGCCUUGGGGAAGGAGACAGUAUUUUAUUUCGGCGAUUCCGGCCAGGAAAUCACGGAAUCGCAGAUGGGGAGUAUCAUGAGAGGAGGAGAGAGGGAGUUCUCCGCUAUGAAUGAUGUCCCUGCGAGCCCUGGAGAACUGGAAAUGGCGACGCCCCCUCCAACGGCCCCAAAUGAUGAAGACGCAGAAAACGAUGCUACCUCCCAAAGACACACAGAGCAAGUCGAUGAUCCAAAUGUAAAAGCUACAGAGCCACACAGGGCCACUGCCAGUCCUAGUACUUUACCCAUCGACUCACCCGCAAUUAGCCAGGUAUCUAUCGAAGACGCCGGGUCAGGGACUUCGCCGGCUACAGUGAAUGAGCCUGAAACUCCAGAGCCAGCCGCAGACUCUCAGCCAACCACACAGCUCCCAAGCACCUUCGAAAACAUCUACAAGAAAGUACUCCACUCGCUCGAAUCAUUUCAUCUUGCUGCUAAUAGUUCGGUCGCGGCAGCAGACAACCUGUCUCCCAUCGACGUCACAGGCAAUUCUUGGUCAGUACCGCCAGACGACCACGCAACAGAACUGGCUGAGUGGAUGGAAGAUGUGUACAAUGAUGCGGAGGUGUUUUUGGAGAUCGUCCAUAAUUCUGUUAAGAACUCUGGUCUAUCUUUUGCGAUUUGCCGGGAUGAGAUUAUUACGCAGUGGACACAGGAGUAUGAUGAGGACCCGUUGCCGUAUCAUAUAGCCUGGUCUAUUGUGAAUGGCAUUCCACUGAAACCAGUGGUGAAUGGAUGGGAGGACUUCCCGGUCAAAGUAACGACGGGCCCGGAGUGGGUUUAUACCAGCUCAGAUCCAGUUAUUCAGCGGAAUACCUGGUUGCCUGCCGAAGACCCUCCAAAAAGUGUCUUAACAGAAGAAGAAUGGGAGCGGAUCGAUUACUUUUUCACAAAACACUACCACAAGCUCAAGAAAUUCUCCGACAAAGUCGCAAAGUCAAAUAGCGAAGCUGAAUUUGUUGAAAUCUUCCGCCAAAGAGCUGCCCAUCUUCAGAAGCUUCGACACUUCUUCGGCGAAUACAACUACUAUACUAUUUUAGCACUAGAAGGUUUCGCCGAUGUAUGUUUCCAGAUUCACAUGAUACCCGACGAAGAUGUUCUAUUCAUAUACGAAUGUGCCACAAAGGCAUUCGAAAUGUUUGGGUUAAAAUAUCACGAGUCAGCACUCGAACUUUACAAGCAACUCGGCUUCCUCCGUAAAGAAACAAAGAACUACUCGGGGGGCAUGGAAGCUUUUAUCUCGGCCUACAGAAUCGCAAACUUCCGUUGGGGAUUCGAGUCACUGCAGUGCAUUGAAUUCAUCGCUGAAAUAUCACGUUGCAAUUUCAAACUCGGAUCCCCAGAAGGCGGAGACUACGUCCUCCGUAAAGGUCUAACACACAUACAAUCCAUCGCUGCCAAAGCCUCCCCUGACGACUACUACACCCACUUUGCUCUCGCAAAAGCUCUGAAUUUCAUUGCAUCUGUAUGCAAAUCAUGCGGCCGAAAGGAGGCGGCUAACACAGUCGGUAGAUUCUCUAUACAACAGUUCAUGACCUACAGAUCCAAAUACACUGGAACUGACUUGUCGAACAAUGGUUGGGGGCCGAGAUACAUGGGUGAAGCGUUCCUUCUCGUUAAGGAUUACGAAAAUGCAGCAAAGAUGUUCCAGUCGGCUUUUGAGAUUUAUUCGGACUACUAUGGGCAGAGGGACAAGAGGGCCAUGGAUGCUAUAUCAAAGCUUUGUAGAUCUAUGAGGGCUAGGGGGUUGAUCAUGUAUACGGUUCCGAUUUUGGAAAAGACUUUGAUGUUAAGAGGUGGGGCGGGAGAUGAGAAUGAGGAGGAUGAAAUCGGGUUUGAGAUUUGGAUGCGGUAUAUGGAGACUGUUAUGAGGCAGAUGUAUACAAAUGGUAUUAACCUCGGAGCAGAAACUUGA